AGCCGACUAGAUUUUUUCUCUAGCUUUAUGGCAAGCUGCAAGACGUCGGCACGAUCAGCUCUCAUUCCGACCCGCCUCGCUUCUUCAUGUUGUUCGAUGCAUUCACCCUUUCACCUGAAUACACACUCACGGAGACACACACUGCGUGAACGAAGCUUUGCGAAAAGGAUCAGCAACGAAUGACGCAUUCACGCUGAGAAUUGACGGCUGUCGUUGUCGAAAAUUUUUUUUCCCAUCGCAGCAUUCGGAAGACACUUCUUUCUCUUUUCUUUCCAAAAAAAAAAAUUCGCGCGGCGCAGCCGGAGCUGCCUCGUCCAAGGUCCGCGGAGGUGCCAUUUAUUUGUUUACUUCUUCCCGUUUUUUCUUCCUUUACCGCCUGUUUGCGCUCUCUCUCCGUCAUAGCAGGAACAAACGUGGUGGCACGUUAUCGCUGCGGCUCAUCAGCAUUGAUGAACUCUUUUCGAUUAUUGCACCUCUGAGUGAAAAGCACCAAUGCCCAAUAAAUUCCUCUCAUUUUUUUCCCCGAGUGUUACACUGCGCUUCUGUUCAGCUCUUAGGUUUCUCUUUUCUUGUUACUUUUGCCGGCGGGUCAGAGACUGAGUGAAAACACCGGAGAAGCGGAGCGUGGCGCAGCAAGCAUGUACAUUAAAAUGGAGAAAGCAAAGAUGAAAGAGCCACGACUUCACUGUCGCACAACGCUUCUUUGAAAAGGCGAAGCUCUCAUUGCGUAAAUCGUGUUCUCUCUUCCUUCCUGUCGGACACAUCUAAAGCAAUUCUUGGAGAAAUUUCUAUUUUUUUUUCUGCCGUGGGCUAAUGCGGAGAGAGAAAGAAGUUCUGUCUAGGUGUAGUUUGUAUUCAUGGCAGCCGUGAACGGUGCCCGCUGAGGUGCACAUCAACACUCCCUGGUGUGGAAGCCGGUACUUUCGUUUCCUUCCUUUUUAAAAAAAGUUGUUUAAUGCAAUGUAUCGAGUUAAACUUGGACAUCGAUGCAGGAGGGCCGUUGUUUUUCUCUGUGUACUUUUUUAUUAUUUUUACCUAAAAAAGACAAAUAGAAGUCGAAAACUAAAAUGAAUCCGGAAUGAAUCAAAGAAGUGGUGUUUUUGACGUUAAAAGAUACGUAUAACUGAUUACGUUUGUUGGCUUCAGGAGCUGCACGACCUUAAAUCAACGAGUCCUUUGGCCAACGCUCAUAUAGAAGCGUUUUUCUGUAGAACGCUUCUGCACCCGUUAUGCAAGGGUGUAAGACGCCACAGCUUAGGCCUUUUUCUCCGUUUCGCUUUCGAGAAGUGAAGCUUCCUUUCUUUUUUCCUUUUUUUUUUUGCACUUACUUUCACACACUUAUUUCUCCUUGUGAAACUCCCUCUCCCUCUCCUGUGAUACGGUGCACAAACGGCUCAUCUUCUCCUCACAUCAUUUCUCCCCCCUGUGUGCACGCCCUCGGUUGAAUGUUCAGGAUUCACCCACUCCUAUUCUUGUUUGCACUGUUCUCGUGUUCUUUUUUCUUUUGCCAAUUCUUUUGUUCUUUUACCGUUCUCUCUCUCUAUUUUUUUCUUGAUCGUUGCGACUGCCAUGUGUGCCAGCGGAGCCUUGGUGCCGCCCAUCAGCUGGGCCCAACGCCCCGAGUACGUCCUCCUGACGAUUGCGCUGCAGGACACCACAAACGUCACGGUUGAGAUGAAGGAGGAGGGGAAGGUGCUCUAUUUUUCCUGUACAGCCCCAGAAGACAAGCACUACGCCUACACCCUCCACUUCUACGCGCCGAUCUCGCCUGAGGAGAGUCAGCACGUGGUCCGCCCGCGCCAGAUUGAGCUGAAGCUCAAGAAGAAGUUUCACAAAUCGCUCGAGGAGGCGGAGGACGACGAGGUGGAGUGGCCGCGGCUGACGGAGGAGAAGACGAAGCACUCCAACAUCAACAUCGACUGGUCCAAAUGGAAGGACGCGGGUGACAACGACGCGGGUUCGGAUGACCUGGGUGACUUCGGCCUCGACGGUGAUGGUGGCGGUGACGAGAUGGAUGAGCAGUACUCGGAGAUGCUCAGCCAGCUCAUGGCGGCGCAGGGGCAGCAGGAUGCAGAGCAGCACGCCGGACUUCCUGCGGGCGGCCUCCCGACAUUCGGCGCUGCCGCCGGUCAGAAACCGUCGGAGGGUGCGGAGGAGGAGGACGACGACCUGCCCCCUCUGGAGGAGGAUGCGAACUAA